GAUGAGCGAGAAAAUGAAAGGUUCUAUAUAUUCCAUCGGCAGGGGGCAGCAUAGAGAAGAAUGGGCCAGAGCCUUAUGGAAUGGGCUAUGUUAGUAUGGGCUAUGUAAUACCUUACACAACGUGUUAUCAAACGUCCAAUGCAAGUUGAAAACGCUGGGUGUUUGCCAGUGUACAAGCCUCCCCUGUUUCAAACAGCAACACGCGGCAACUUCACCGCAACAAUGAAUUCAAUAUCUUAUAUAUCAACCUCUGUGAGAACUGUUGGUAAGUUAACCUCCAACUCAGCGUGUCGGAGGUUAAUUCAAAGAACUGAACCAUAUGGGUUAUGUACAAAGCAGCUGGUACAUGUAUGUAACAUGCAUAUGACACAUGGGAGGGGUUCUCAAGCGCUUCAGUUCAGUAACGUGACUGAGAAGGACAGUCUCGAUUUCAUCAAUCAAAUUGAAAGAUAUCGCACACUGUCAAAUACACUGCCUACCGGUGAAGCCUACUUAACACAUUCGCCUGCGAAUAGACGUGCUACUCUUCAGACUCUUCAGUCCUUUAACGACAGUGAGAUGUGGAACAUUGUAAAGAACACCCCUAACGGCGUGAGCAUAUCUGGUCUUGCCACCUUAAUGGGGAUCUGUGUCAAGAUCGGCAUGGACCCUGACAGUCCAACAGGCCUCAUAUCAAAACUUAAAAAGGAGUGCCUUAGGAUACUCAAUGAAGAAGAUGUGCCUAUCACUAACUUGUGCCUUCUUGGGGAGGUGGUGUAUAGCUUGGAGGGUGCAUCACCUCUUCUCAGUGAAGUUUUGAAAUCAGUUAGUGAUAGUGUUGAUGUUGAUCUAACGCCACUGGAUGCUUCUCAUCUCUACACCUUCUUUGCAUUGAUUGGGACCCAACACAUUCACCCACAUCUCAUGACAAGACUGAACAGGUGCACAGAGAGGUUGGCACACAGACUACCGCCAACUGCCAUUAGCAACAUCCUUCAUUCCCUGGCUGUGUUGCAGGAAGGUCAGUCUGUCACGCUUAUUCCCAGGCUUAUAGAGCGCUCCACUCUUACCAUGGGAUCAUUUAGUGAUGCAGAACUUAGUGGGAUUCUCCGUGCUCUUGCACGGUUAUCACAGUACGAUGCACAAUUCCUAUAUUCCCUUGAGCAUCAGCUAGUUAACAGAAUAGAAGAAUGUGAUCCAGACCUUAUCAGUUCAGUAAUGGAAUACUGUCUACAUGUGCGCUGGUGCACCAGCGUUGUAUUUGAAGCCGUCGCCGAGCGAUUAGUCCAAAAUGCAGAGAUGUACAGCACGACUCAAAUUGCCCAGCAAAUUGUUGCCAUGGGAAGACUGAAUUAUCUCCCAAGCUGUGCCAGUGAGAUGUUCAAGAAGUUGGAGAGCAUCCUCACCUCAAGGUUCUCUCAGUUCCAGCCCCGGACUCUACUCAACAUGCUGCACUCCUGCAUCCACUUGGAGAGGUUCCCUCUGAACUUUGUAUCCAGAGUCUUCAGUUCCACCUUUCUUCAAAGAUUAGAAGUGCAAGGUCAUGGCUUGGACAAAAAAGCAUUAGCACAGCUCACACAGCUCAGUAUGUGCACCUCGCUGGAGUGCACCUUCUAUCAGGGGCCAAAACUUCCAUAUCAUUACCACAUGAAGAAGUUCCCAGCAGUUGAGUACUUUUUCGAGAGCCCGCUGGACCGCUUUCUGUUCAGAAAGGUCCAUGGUCCUCUUUGCAAGGUGCUGGGUGGAAGGAAUUAUUUUUCCACCAGGGUUUUCACACAAAAUGGAUACACUGUUGAUGUGGAGAUCUGCUUAGAUGAAGAAGGCCUGAUUUUGCCUCUCACACAAUGGGAUCAGACCCACAAAAGAAUUGCCCUUUGUUUGGAUGGGCCUGACCGAUUCUGCACAAAUACACACCACCUUUUGGGCAAGGAGGUCACAAAGAGGAGACAUCUCCAAAAGCUGGGCUUUGUGGUGAUACAGAUUCCUUACUUUGAAUAUGAGAUUUUGAGGACACAGAGACAGCAAACACGAUAUCUUCAUCAGAAGAUAAGUCACACAGUCUCUGAAGGAUGAAGGAUGGAUUCUUCAAUGUGACAAAACUCCAAAGCAAAAUGGUGUUGUUGAUGUUACAAUUUAAUUCAUGUUGAAAACAUUAAACAUGAGAAAAUCUAAAAUAAUUCAUUUGAAAUUGAGAUACACAUCAGAUUUGUAACUGUGUUAAGUUGUUUAACUAUUUAAUA